AUGACGUCUGAUCAUCAAGAAUUUGAACAAGAUCGUCCUGGAUUGAUAUCAAGGAUAUGCUGCAUGCAAUCCUCACCAGAGACUGAUCCACGCCUUUUCAGCACUGGUAAAAAGACCGUUAUCAUGUCGCUCGUCAUAAUGUGUGUGAGCACAGCGGGUCUAUUUGCCACGGUUUGUUUCCCAGGCUACCCUGCAAUGACGGAUGAGUUCAAUGUGCCUAGUGUCGUGACCACUAUGGUGGGUGCAUUGUAUAUCUUGUCUGGUGGAUUUGCACUUGUCGUAUGGGCUGCUAUCUCUGAACGUUUUUGCAUGCGGCGACCCUUACUCUUAUGUGGUGCUCUGAUAGUGACAGGCUCAUCCAUUGGUCUUGCUUUAAUGACGAGUAUGGCAGGCAUAGUGACACUUCGAUGCAUACAAGCCCUAGGAUCAUCAGCUUACAUCGUGCUGUGCUCUGGGAUCAUAGCAGAUUGCUACCCUGUUGAAAAGCGAGGUACUGCCAUGAGCCUAUUGUUCUUUGGAAUCUUCUUUGGACCCCUUUUUGGCCCUAUUAUUGGUGGUGCCCUUGUGGCAACACCACUUUCAUGGCGCGCAACCUUUUGGUUUUGUUCCGCAUACGGCCUUACAACAUUUACAUUUUUGCUUUUCCUCUUACCGGAGACCUUUCGCAACGAUAUCGUGCUCGAUGGACCCCCAAGAGUAGAUAGUGGCAUCGAUCGCUUGAUCAACGCUGAAGAACAACACAACGUUGAUCCACCAAAAAAAUCAAGCAGCUCAAUGUUAGCACCGCUGUUGCUUUUACAACAUCCACACGUUUUGCUUUCAAGUCUUGUUGGAUGUAUCGCAUUUUCGUGUUUGUUUGUGGUUGAAACGAUUCUUCCCGAGUUGUUGGCGUCACGAUACGGAUUUUCAUCCUGGCAAAUAGGCCUCUCAUACAUCGGCAGCGGUUGUGGAAAUAUGCUAGGAGCUCUUGUGAGUGGUAUACUCUCCGAUCGAUUGUUGCUACGUGCAAGACGUCAACGUGAAGGACAACUAUCGAAGGUGGAGGAUCGUUUAGGCAUGCACAUUUGGCCAGCCGGAUUCAUCAUCAUGCCCGUGGGCUUGCUAAUGAUCGGAUGGAGUAUUCAGUUGCAUAAAUCUUUUUGGAUCGCCAUUGUUGGCUUUGGUGUACAAACUUUUGGCUCACAGCAAGUAAGCUCAUCAAUCAGCGCCUAUUUGUUGGACUCCGUUCCUGGUCAAGGUGCCUCUGUCACUGCAGCAUCCAAUCUCGUCACCAUGACAAUGGCGUGUAUCCUCUCAAUCGCUGCCAAUCCACUGGUCCAUAGCAUUGAUUCAGGUUUCACCUUGUUGAUAUUUGCUGGUUUGGUAGAAGUAGCCAUGUUGAUAACAUUAUGCCUCAAGCUAUUUGGUCAACGAAUGAGACGAAAAUCCGGCUUUGAGCAACCUGAUGAAGUACAAAGACGCUAA